CAGGCCAUGCAGCAGGAAGCCGCAGAGAGCUCGGAGGAUGAGAUUGCCGUAGGCGGGAGUGAGGAUGAUGAUGAUGAUGAUGAUGAUGAUGAUGAUGAUGAUGAUGAUGAUGAUGAUGAUGAUGAUGAUGAUGAUGAUGAUGAUGAUGAUGAUGAUGAUGAUGAUGAUGAUGGUGGUGAUGAUGAUGAUGAUGAUGAUGAUGAUGAGUAAAUCAUAUAAUACUAUGCUAU